AUGUUUAAAGGAAAUCGCCGCGGGGGAGGAGGAAGUGGUAGUUCGCCCGGACGCUUUGCCCAGAUUCCCAUUUUCCGUUUUGACGACAACCCUUUCCUUUUUUUUACCGCGUUGCAUUUCCUCCGUGAGCAGCGUAUGAAGGAUCGCCGCGCUGGUGUCGUGUUCCGCCUCCAUCAAGGCAUCGACGUCAAUCACCUCAAUCUUCUCUUCCUUCGCCUCUUUCUUUACACGUGGUUUGGCUUCACGUUUCCCAUUUUUCGUUUUCAACUCUCCUAUCGACCGCCGUCCUUCGGGAUUCGUCAACUCCGCAUCGUGAUUGAGGGAGCUAUUUGGAGGGGUUUCCUGCGCGGUCGAAAUCCCUUCAGUCUCCUCUGCCCGUCGAUAUUGGAGAAUAGUCUGCGCGAUCUCGCAGCGAUGACGUUUUUCCUGCCUCGCGCGAAAGGCCUCGGGGUCAGUGUCGUCAGAAUACCGCAUUCGCCGCGAGCGGAUGUCCGCCCGUGA